AACCAACCAACCGCAGCAAGAGUACCGUUAGUUAGCUGAAAUCUGCAGAGUCCACAACACUUCAGCCUUUAAUAAACAUGCACUACAGCAGCUUCGUAUCGACAGUUAGCCUUGUCAUACUCGGCUUGGCUGCCAUAACGCGUGCUGCCGCCCCCACAACAACCACCGGCAGUACCGUUAAUACCGCUAGCACCGAUUUGCAAUCGGAUCUGCGUGAUUUCCAAGCGCUGAUACCACGUCGCCGUAUCGGCUAUAUUGCCGCUCGUCAUUACAUUGUCGAUGCGCGUUUUCGCAGCGCUCUGGCAUUUGUACGCAGCCCGGAAUUCGCCAGCACUUGGCAGCAGAUACGAAAUACCAGCGACUUUGUAGAGCUUCUCAGCUUUAUGCGUCGCGAUGGCGACGGUGCGGCAAGCGGUUUCGAUGUUACCACUAUCAUUGAUCGCAUACCAAAUCAACUGCACGCCUUCAAUAUACCCACGAAGGUGCCGGUGAGCAUGAUGUUUCAGCGUACGGUGUCCGAUUUUGUGAGCGAUGUGGUGCGUGAGUUGCCGCGCGCACGUUUCGGCAGCUUAAUGGCGCGCAAAGUGCAGGCAGGCGGUGAAUUCUCGCAGUUAUACCAGACUGUGCGCAGCGAGGAGUUCAUGGAGUUGUUGCAGAAAACGAGGAAGUCCCCAAAUCUGGCCGCACCAAUUCGUAAGCUAAAUCAAAAUUUCAUUGACGUUGAUAAUUUAAUCAAGAUUGGCCUUAAUGUACUUAGCUGGGGUCCGUAAUUAUUUGCAGUCAGCUCUGCUGUUUAAUACUUUUUAAUCCCCUUAACAAAAGCAUUAAAAAGUUAAAUUAUUUAUUUAAUACCUUAGCAAAAUAAUAAAAGAAAGGAUACGAAGUAUUUAAAAAUUUAAGGGAUACAUACAUUUAGCCGCAAAAGAGACAUUUCGACAAUUUACACAAAGAAACACACAAUUUUUUACCUUUAUUGCAAAUAUGCGGCGUCUUAUAUAUUUAUAACACCUUUUCAGGCUUCUCAUUAUUUAUUUUCGACAGUAUUCUUUCGAAUCUUUUUCCUUCUUUUUCGUCAAAUGAAACCUUUCUUCCUUGAUAUGCAAAGGACUAUUCUGUUAUGCAGUAAAAAUGCGAAGUCCAAUGGUAAUAAAAUCGACCCA